AUGCUUUCGCAGUGGUUCGUCUUCCGCUGGUCUGAGAAUUUCACCUCUCUCGGCGGAAUACGAGUGCCCCUGACUGUCCCUGUUAAUCAUUACUCCGGUGUUCGAAACCAACAAAAUAGCACCAGAGUCCUAUUUCAUUAUCCCAUGCUAAUCCAUGCAAGAGCGACUGCCUGCUUGAAACACUCUGAUUUUUUCAAAGUAAAAGACCCGUCUCCCGCGCCCGCUCAGUUAAGAGUAGGCGCGGUCUCCGGGUGGAAGGACGCGCCGGCCAGUGCAUACCCAUCGGCAGACCGGUCGGCCCGCCCCGAAAUCCGACUACGAGCGUUUUAACUGCAACAACUUUAAUAUACGCUAUUGGAGCUGGAAUUACCGCGGCUGCUGGCACCAGACUUGCCCUCCAAUUGAUCCUCGUGAAGAGAUGUAAAUUGUACUCAUUCCAAUUACAAGACUAAAAUAGCCCUGUAUUGUUAUUUCUUGUCACUACCUCCCUGUGUCAGGAUUCGGGCAAUUUACGCGCCUGCUGCCUUCCUUGGAUGUGGUAGCCAUUUCUCAGGCUCCCUCUCCGGAAUCGAACCCUAAUUCUCCGUUACCCGUUAACGCCAUGGUAGGCCUCUAUCCUACCAUCGAAAGCUGAUAGGGCAGAAAUUUGAAUGAACCAUCGCCGGCGUAGAGCCGUGCGAUUCGAGCAGUUAUUAUGACUCAGCACGCAACCGGAGACCGGUUUGGUUUCUUAUCUAAUAAAUACAUCCCUCCGUGAGUCGGGAACUCCUGCAUGUAUUAGCUCUAGAAUUACUACGGUUAUCCAAGUAGCAAGGUACCAUCAAAUAAACCAUAACUGAUUUAAUGAGCCAUUCGCAGUUUCACAGUAUAGUCGCUUAUACUUAGACAUGCAUGGCUUAAUCUUUG